AUGACAGAAAAUGGAUCAAAAAAGCUUGUUGAUGAUCGUUGUAUAGUAGAAAAUGGUGAUGGUGGACCUGAAUCACCACCAAAAAAGUUUAGAGACUGUUUAUUUCGAAUAUGUCCAGUUAAUCGUUAUGCUGCACAAAAACAGUACUGGACAGAGCAGAAAAAAUUUCAAGCCGGAGAAUCAGUAUUUGAAGAAGAUAUGCUUAAGAAGCUUAAAAAUGCUGCCGACAAGGAAAAAGAACAAAAUGAUAUGGAAUAUCGAAAGAUGUUAGGUGUACCAGUUCAAUAUGGCGGUACAAUUCAGCUACUUCAUGUAAAAUCUGACAAAUAUCUAACGGUAAUGAAGAAUUCGCCAGCUAAAUUAGAACGUAAUGCGAUGAAAGUGUAUUUGGAUAAAACUGGAAACGAAGGAUCUUGGUUUUUCGUUGAGCCAGUCUACAAGCAUUCGUUUCUUGGCGAUAGUCUUACUAAGUUACAGGUUAAUGCGGGUGACAGAAUUAGUCUAGUGCCAUAUUCAUACGGGUCGGCUUCGGGCGCCGGAAGUCACGUCAAACCACAAAUACACUUAUCACAUAUGAAAUUAUUAGACCAUCCAACUGCUUGUGAAGUUAACUGUCUUAACGAGCUUACCGAAUGGCAGGUAUUUAUGUUUCUGCAGUUUGAUGAAAAUCAGCCCGAUAUUGUAAAGUCGGGUGAUGUUGUGAGGCUCUUUCAUGCAGAUCAGCAAACAUUUUUAACAUUAGAUAAUAUCCCAAAAAAAGGUGAUGAUGUUGUUUUUCUUCGAUUGACAAAUCGACCAUCUGCUGCAGAUGCCACAUCAUCUCGUGCACUCUGGGAGGUUCAGGUCGUUCAACAAGAAGCAUAUCGGGGAGGAGCAGCAAAUUGGAUUCAAAGAUACCGUUUCAAGCAUUUAGCCACUGAUAUGUAUCUAAGUGUUGAAGGAGUUAGACGAGAUGGUCUUCGAGAGAUGCCAAAAGCUACUACACCACCAGCAACUUUGAAUAUCAGCGACGAAACAGAAAACAGUGAAGGACUUCCCGAAGAUGAGUACGAUUACUAUUACUUGGUUCCAAAAAAUUCUGAACGACCAGAAGACGAUCCAACACUGAUUUUUGUUUUAGAUCCUUGCACACUUACAAAGAUGGAAGCUCGGAUUCCACAAAGGACCUAUGUUCGGUUGCAUCAUGUAAUGACAAAAACCUGGGUUCACACCACAGACCCAACGAAGAAAGAGAAUCUUUACCAUUUCAGCAAAAAUGAAAAAGGCUGGGUAAAAGUGGUGAGCGAGAACUUUAAAAUUGACAAAGAAACAUUUGCAUUGCUACCAGUAUCGCCUGAUGAAGUUCGAGACCUCGACUUUGCUAAUGAUGCCUGUAGAGCAUUAGAUAAUUUUAUAUCGCAUAUAAAACACGGCCAAAUAAUUAGCAAGGAAGCACUCAAUGUAACAGUACAAUUGUUAACGGAAUGUAUUUAUUUUGUCACUAAUGAAACAAACCAUAUGAUUGAUCCAUUGAAAAUUGUGGAUUUCAAACCGUCAAGAGAUCGUCAAAAGUUACUGCGUGAACAAGGUGUUCUUGCGCAGAUAUUUGACUUGCUAAGAGCACCGUUUUUACCUCGUCAAGGUGAUAACGAAAUUGGUCCGUUGUUGAACUCUCCUCAAGAACUGGCUGAGCAAAGGAACGAAGUUUUCAAAAGAAUGUUCCAACUUUGCUAUUCUUUGUUGAGGUAUGCACAAGUCGGAUAUAGAAAAAAUCAAGAGCAUUUGGCAGAAAAAUUUGGACAAAUCCAGGAGCAAAUCGGGUUUGAUUUGUUGGCUGAGGACACAAUGACAGCCGUUCUUCAUAACAAUCCCAAAUUGUUGGAAAAAUACGUAAAAAAUCCUCACGUCGAGCGCUUUGUUGAACUUGUCCGUAAUAACCGUGCCGGAAAGUUUCUGGACUAUUUGGCUGACUUAUGCGUAUGUAGAGGCGAAGCUAACAAGAAGAUUCAAGAGCUGAUAUGUAACUGCGUACUAAGUGAGGCAAAUAGGGAUAUAUUCAUGGAAACGAAAGUGGCAGUUUUUAGAGGCAAGGAGGAAGUUUUUAUAUGUUGGGCAGAUCGAUACUGCAAGACGCUUGUUGACAUAUCAGAAAGCGCAGUGGCUGGAAAUUCGGAAGACUUGGAAAUGCUUGAGUAUUACAGACAUCAGUUAGAUCUUUUGGCACAAAUGUGUCAAGAGCAACAGUAUUUGGCUAUCGAUCCUCCACCAGAAAGACGCUUGUUAAACCUGAGCACUGAGCUACCAGCUGAAUUAGUGCUAAGAUGUAUGUCAGACAGCAGACUUCCUCACGAAUUACGAGCAUCUUUCACAAGGUUAAUGCUUCAUUUGCAUGUCGUGCGUGGUUCCCCACUAAAUGCAAUUCGUCAUGCUCGCCUCUGGAGAGAUAUUCCGGAAACUGUAUCAGUUGAACAGGCUUCAAUUCGACUUGUGGAGGGUUAUGUCGAUGGCGGAAGAGUUCGCACUGGAGGAGAAGUAUUUAAGAAAAUACUAGCAAUGGUUGAUGAAUAUUUAGAUGGUUUAAGGGCUGCGACUAGGAAAGGAGAAGCAGUUUUGAAUCCAAGUGCCGCCUAUCUGGAUCAAAAUCGCUUAACAUUCGAGAUCGUAACGCUCGCCCGAGCACUGGCUCAGUUUGGAUUUUACAGUUUUGCUGAGCUUCUGAAACUAGCACAAAACCUUCUCGCCAUCACAGACAGUAAUCCAAAACUGCCUCCUGGUAAAGAUUUAAGUAUGACAAAAUCUUUCACUUACUUAGCUAUCGGUGUCGGACGAAUGCACAAAGUAAGUUUGCCAACAUCUCAUUCGAUGGCUAGUGAAUCACUGAGCGCAGAUGAUGGUGUUAGAGCAAAAGAAAGCAAGGAAAUGAUUUUACAAACCAAACUUAUAGUUGUCGAAAUAUUGCAAUUCAUUAUGGAUGUAAGGAGAGAUUACCGGAUAACAGUUGCCCUUUCGUGGUUUAAACGUCAUUUCCCUUGUGACGAAGUUGGUGAGCUGACGGCACACAUAGGAGAGCUGUCAGAAAAACAAGCGGCUGAGCUGUACAAAGAAAUCUUCCAGAAGUCCGAAGAGGAACUUGAUUUUGAUGGAGAAGAAGGCCAACAGUUACUACGUAUACUUUUACAAAUGACUAUGAGCGACUACUCCAAGCUCACUAGUACUGCACUGAAAGUUCUUUUCCGUCAUUUCACGCAAUAUCAAGAACUGGUCGAAGAUCUUAAACAGGUGCAACUGUUGGUUUCUAACAAUGAUGUUGAAAACUACAGGCAAGUGGAUAGGGAUUUGUUUAUACUGAAAAUUCUUACUGAAAAAAGUGAACUCUGGGUACAUGCUGAUAAACUGCGAUCUGAUGAAAUCAAUGAAUUAAACGGACGAGUUUAUGAUGAAACCUUGCUGUACGACAAAGUUCAGCUAAUGAUUGGUGAAGAUCGAGAAAGUGCUGCAGCUGCCUUAUAUGAGUUAUCAGAUAAAGCACCUCUGGUCGGCUAUCCAUUGAUACGUGAGAUAUUGUGUCGUUUGAAAAAUUUGUGCUUCAAGGACGGUAAGCCAGACAUAAUGAAUCAACAGCUACUUCGAAAUAUGCGUGUACACGAAUAUGUGUUAGACUUCUUAUCUGUUCCAUACAACAAGAAAAAUGACAUGGAAAUGCCAAAACUAAUAACCCUUAGUCAUGAAUUUUUGCGCAGUUUUUGUCGCAACAACAAGGAAAACCAAAUUCGUCUGCAGAAACAUAUUUCUAUUGAACAAGACGCCAAAGAAGGGUGUUUAAGAGUUAACACUGCCGAAGAAGUAGCUACAUUGGUUGCUAUAUAUCAAAAUAACCGAGAGCUCUCUCAAACUGUGUCUGAAGAGCUUAUUGCACAUGUGGUCAGCCUGAUAGAACAUAAGGCUAGAAGUGCAAUAUUUUUGGAGUUUUUGCAGUGUAUUGUUUGCGUUUCUGGUAAAGAGAUUUGUUCAUCGCAGGAGAAGGUAGCAUUAGAGAUUUGCUCUUCUUCUGAUGAAGUUCGUGUUUUUUAUUCUGAUAGUGCUAGUUUCGAACAACUUGUACAAAUGAUGCAGACAACUCCUCCAGAACAGUUGAAUGCUGAUCAUCCAUUACGAUAUCAUAUUGAACUCGUCAGGUUAUUAGCUAUGUGUACGAGGGGGAAAAAUGGUACAACCGAGCUAAAAUGUGCCUCACAAAUUCCGAUGGAUCAUAUCGUUAGGGUUAUGACAUCACCGAAAUGUUUAAUACAGGUGAAAGAAGUUUACUUGCAAUUUAUGUUGCAUUGCUACGUCGACACAGAUGCGGAAAUGAAAGAUGUCUAUAACGUUGACUUUAUAGAGCAAAUAUUAAGUAAUAUUGUGGUGGAUAUUCAGAAGUUGGGUGCUCAAUCACACCGUCUGUUACCUGGUUCUGCCCUUGAAAAAUAUGUUUGUUACACUGUCACGGAAGUGCUUAUAAAGUUCUUUGAAAAGUCACCUACUGACCAACCAAUGAUGGAUGUGUCGAAGAUAUAUCUGAAGCAAAAUCGGAGCACCUUGGCAAAAGUUAUCGAAAGUUUGACACGUUUGCAAAUGGAAUGGGGAAAGAAAAGCAAUUCAGCAAAGAGUUGGUAUCGAGUGGUCGAAUGUGUUAAACGACUGCACAAAUGCGCCGAAGAACACGGAAUUAUUCUCUCAUCCAAUACUCCAAUGAAUCCAGUAUCUGCUGCAGCAACAGCAAAACAACGAUGGCAGACCGCUGCGCAUUCUACUCGUUUCAUCAAAAGAAAUCAAGCAAACAUCAGAAAUCGCGCACAGUUAUCAAUGCCACAUUUUAGUAGAACCAUUGAAAAUCAUACCAACGUUGUGACAUGUUACCAAGCAAUGGUGGGCGAGUUUAAAGUUUUCGCUCUUCCGCUGCAAGCAGCCGAAGCUUCUGUCCUUGUUGAUGUUCUUCAUACGCCAGAACGUUUGUUUCCUGUCGGUUCUGAAUUACGAGAGAAAUGUGAAAAUGGUGGUGUAGUUGCAAAGUUGAUACAGCACUGUCAGCACCUUCUGCAGCAUUCGCAAGAGUCAUUAUGCGUCCGAGUUUUACAGACGUUGUGCCGGAUGGCAACAAGCGCGAAACACAAUUUCAAUCAGCAGGGAAGAAGAGUUAGACGUCAGUUGCUGGAAAGAUACUUUGGUAGUGAAGCUGUUCAUGGUGGACCUUUGAAGGUGGAAAGUGAAAAAGAUGAUUUACAUCCAGAUGAAGAGUCAAAUCUUGUGCACGGUGAGCUAAAACCUCUGAGGGAAACUUCGCUGUUUGAUGUGCAGUGCAAGCUGAAUAAUGCUGGAGCUAGCGACCUUGUUAUUGACCUUAUUGUCCAGGAACCAUCACAUGAAGUUUUCUUUAUGACAAUACAGCUAGCAAAAGCGUUACUCCACGAAGGCAACAACGAAGUUCAAAUGUCAUUUUAUAAUCGUUUGAAACGACGUAACGUCUCUGAGCCAUUCUUUAACGCUUUAAAAACAAAAUUGCAAAUGGCGCAGAACAGGCUGAAGAGUGACAUGAUGGCCUGUAGUGAUCCACGGCAACGCGGAUUAGGCAGGGUUAUUUGUUUGACUCUUAUAAUACAAAGGUUACGAGAAACAAAAACAUCAACGAUAAAUACACCUCAGCCUGAUGACACGGUUUUUUCAUCUGAGGAUAUAGAGAGGAAAAGUCGUGCACCUUCCGUAUCGGAACUAAACAUUUCAGCUACCCUACCUCCAGACAGUCUUCCAAUGGGUUGUAGUGUGCAUGAGCCAAGCCCCUAUCAGGAAGACGAAAGGCCCAAAGGUAUUUUACCUGCUGAAGUUGCAAUUAUCGAACCAAUAUUGCGAUUCCUUCAGUUGCUUUGUGAAAAUCAUAAUCUUUUGUUGCAGAAUUUCUUAAGAUAUCAAAACAGCAGACAAAAUUAUAAUUUAGUAGAUGAAACACUUAUGUUUCUGGAUGUGGUUUGUGGCAGUACUAAAGGAAGUCUUGGAGUUUUUGGGGAACUUGGUGAGCACAACUUUUCGUUAGUAAAGCAAACUUUGGUAACUUUAACGGAGUUCUGUCAAGGACCAUGUCAUGAGAACCAGAAUGCUAUUGGGAAUCACGAAUCAGGAUUAAAUAUGAUAAUUUCUUUAGUAUUAAAUGAGAUUAAACCACUGUGUAUUAGUCAUAUGGAUCUGGCGCUUGAAAUUAAGAGCGAUGCCUCAAAACUUUUGUUGGCUGUGAUGGAGUCAAGGCAUGAUGCUGAUAAUGCUGAACGGGUGCUCAUGAAUAUGAGUCAUAUGACAAGUGGGCCGCGGCAGUUGGUACAUGCGAUAAAAGUAGCAUACGAAAUGGCAAGUUCGCAUAAUUUUGCAGUUUCGAAAGUCAGAAGGCAGUUGUUGGGAAAUCCAUCGUCAAGCGGCGAAGGUCGGCGACGUACAAAUACAGUUCCAGAAAUUAGUGUACCUAGUACUAGUACUGACGAAUAUGAACCGAAGGAAUCCACUUCAACCUUGGUGGAUCCGCAAGAGGUUGGUCACAAUAUUUUUAUCUUGGCAACACAAUUGUCUCGUCACGACGAGGAACUGAAAUUAAUGCUUGACCCUGAAAACUGUAAAGACCAGAUGACUCGUACAGCUCUUGCAUAUUACAAUAAGCACACCGCUCAAAUCGAAAUUGUACGUAGCGAUCGUAAAAUGGAGAGGGUGAUAUUUCCAAUUCAUACAAUAUGCGAGUAUUUGACUCCAGAAACAAAGCAGAACGUGCUUCUGGAAACAGAGCGAGACGCGCAGGGGUCAAAGAUAACUGAAUUUUUUGACCAGUGGCCAACGUUAUACGAAGAAAUGAAGUGGCAGAAGAAGCUUCAAGGCUUGUUUUUAGCGUCUUUGGGAAGAACGACAGAGGCGUACUGGGGUAUAGCUGCAGUAAUGUUCAGCUUUACCAUGCUUUUAAUAAACAUUAUUGGUGUUGUACCUACUCUCUAUAUUGUUGGCGUUUUGCAGUUGGUUAAUAAAGUGGUUCACUUAAUCAGUUAUGUCGGUAAUCGCGGCUUAAUAGAUAAAACUUGGAUGGAGCGGGUUGAGGACAAAGAUAUUUGGUACCACUUGCUCUAUCUCAGCGUGUGCGUUUUAGGAUUAAUUGGUCAUCCACUCCUCUAUUCACUGCUGCUUUUCGACAUUGUUGCUAGCGAAGAGACGCUUCGUAGUGUGAUAAGAUCUGUAACCCGGAACUGGCAAUCUAUUAUCAUGACUGGACUUCUGGCUCUAAUACUUGUUUAUCUGUUUUCGAUCGUUGAUUUCCAGCUUGAGAUCGAUAACAUUGACCAGAUGACUGAAGACAGUCUUCCCAAAGGAGUCACUCCAGUCCAAUGCGAAAAUAUUUCUAGCAACUUCCUAGAAAAUAUGACCAGAGCAGAGGGCACGUGUCUCGCACUAGAUGUCCCUUCCUCAAAUGAAGAAAAAGAAGACGAUGGGAAAAUCUGGUCAUGCCAAACCCUACGGAUGUGCAUACUAACAACUUUGAAUUGGGGCCUGCGGAAUGGUGGAGGAAUAGGUGACGUUUUGAGGAACGUCCCACCCAAGGAAGAGUCUUUCAUGCCGAGGAUUAUGUAUGAUAUGUCAUUCUUCAUAGUGCUUAUUGUUAUUGUCCUCAACCUCGUUUUUGGUGUGAUCAUUGACACUUUUGGGGACCUAAGGACAGAAAGAAAUGAAAAAGAUGACAUCUUACGCAACACGUGCUUCAUAUGCGGUUUGGAGAGGGGAAGGUUUGACAACAAGAUAGUGACUUUUGAACAGCACCGCGAGAACGAGCACAACUUGUAUCACUACCUGUAUUUUAUUGUAUGGUUACAAAUUAAAGAUGAAACGGAAUUUACAGGUCCCGAGAGCUACGUUGCACAGUGUAUAAAAGAUCGAAAUAACGAUUGGUUCCCUCGAAUGCAAGCAAUGUCGCUAGCGGAAGACGACCAGGAAACUGAACUGCCUGAAAAGAAGAGUGAUGUGAAAGACAUGAUAGAAUCACUUCUAAAUAUUAUUAAAAGUCACGAUCGACAACUUGACGAAAUUAAACAGUUGAUGUACGAGCAGCUACAGAUGCGUUCACUCCCGCAAGCUAGAAAAGGAAGGAUUGGCUAG